GCGCGCAGCGUCGAGAGGCGGGCACAAGCCCGGCGCGCGCGGGCGCUGUGUAUAAAUACUGCGCCGCGUCGCCCGCAGCCUGGUUCGCUCCGCACCGUCCGCCCAGACUUGAUCUCGGUGUUCUGCUUGCGCGUUUCGCAGUCGUCGCCUCACUGCUCCCUUUUCUCUUUCCUCAGCGUCACUGUCACUUGCCGCCACUCACCAACACCAACAUGAACGGGCAGCUCAACGGUUUCCACGAGGCGUUCAUCGAGGAGGGCACGUUCCUCUUCACCUCUGAGUCUGUGGGGGAAGGCCAUUCAGAUAAAAUUUGUGAUCAGAUCAGUGAUGCUGUCCUUGAUGCUCACCUUCAGCAGGAUCCUGAUGCCAAAGUGGCUUGUGAAACUGUGGCUAAAACUGGAAUGAUCCUUCUUGCCGGGGAAAUUACAUCCAGAGCUGCUAUUGACUACCAGAAAGUGGUUCGUGAAACCAUAAAACACAUUGGAUACGAUGAUUCUUCCAAAGGGUUUGACUACAAGACUUGCAAUGUGUUAGUGGCCUUGGAGCAACAAUCACCAGAUAUUGCUCAAGGUGUUCAUCUUGACCGGAAUGAGGAAGACAUUGGUGCAGGAGACCAGGGCUUGAUGUUUGGUUAUGCCACUGAUGAAACAGAGGAAUGCAUGCCUUUAACUAUCGUCUUAGCACACAAGCUCAAUGCCAAACUGGCUGAACUACGCCGAAAUGGCACUUUGCCUUGGUUACGCCCAGAUUCUAAAACUCAAGUGACUGUGCAGUAUAUGCAGGAUCGAGGUGCUGUGAUUCCCAUCAGAGUCCACACAAUUGUCAUAUCAGUUCAGCAUGAUGAAGAAGUUUGUCUUGAUGAGAUGAGGGAUGCCCUAAAGGAGAAAGUCAUCAAAGCAGUUGUACCUGCAAAAUACCUUGAUGAGGAUACAAUCUAUCAUCUACAGCCAAGUGGCAGAUUUGUUAUUGGUGGGCCUCAGGGUGAUGCUGGCUUGACUGGCCGGAAAAUCAUUGUGGAUACUUACGGCGGCUGGGGAGCUCAUGGAGGAGGUGCCUUUUCAGGAAAGGAUUAUACCAAGGUGGACCGUUCCGCUGCUUACGCUGCUCGUUGGGUGGCAAAAUCCCUUGUUAAAGGUGGUCUAUGCAGAAGGGUUCUUGUGCAGGUCUCUUACGCUAUUGGAGUUUCCCAUCCAUUGUCUAUCUCCAUUUUCCAUUAUGGCACCUCUCAGAAGAGUGAGAGAGAGCUAUUAGAGAUUGUGAAGAAGAAUUUUGACCUCCGCCCUGGGGUCAUUGUCAGGGAUCUGGAUCUGAAGAAGCCAAUUUAUCAGAGGACUGCAGCCUAUGGCCACUUUGGUAGGGACAGCUUCCCAUGGGAAGUGCCCAAAAAGCUUAAAUAUUGAAAGUGUUAGCCUUUUUUCCCCAGACUUGUUGGCGUAGGCUACAGAGAAGCCUUCAUGCUCUGAGGGAAAGGGCCCUUCUUCCUAAAUUUUCUUGUCCUCUUUCAGCUCCUGAUCAGUUGCAGUCACUCUAGUCAAUGACAUGAAUUUUAGCUUGUGUGGGGGAGUGUAAGUUCGGCUUGCUAUUCUGUCCCUAGGUUUUUUGUUCAUUAUAAUGAAUUUAGUGAGCAUAGGUGAUCCGUGUAACUGCCUAGAAACAAACCAACAACACUGUAGUAAAUAAUGCUUUGAAAUUGAAACUUUGUGCCCUAUCACCCAACCCCCUAAAAUUCUAAUUGCAUUGACUUGCUCACCAAAUGCUGAAAAUGUCCUUGUAAUGUGCACGUAAAGUACUUGUAGUUCCAUUAUAGCUUCUGUCUGGCAAUGCCACAGCCCUGUCAGCAUGAAUUUGUAAUGUCUCGAGCUCUAUUAUGGAUGUGAAGCUUUCCCUUUACCCUCCCUAUAACAUGAUCCAUUUUUAAUUAUGUAGCUCUUUGUCAGGGAGUGUUCCCUAUUCAGUCACUCUUGCAUGUAACGCAAGUUCCAGUUGGAGCUCUAGCCUGACGUUAAAAAAA